CCCUAAGCCGUCGCCUUGAGAACUUCACCACAUCCACCUCUUCCCGACAUAAGCCGGCCUCGCUCGCGCCUGUUGUAGCAAUGUCAAAACAAUUCCUUACAGCCCAUGUCGCAGAGGACGCCCAUGAGUUCGACAUCUUCGGCGCGAUUUCCAAUGUCAAGUUAUGGCCGACUGGUACGCAGGAGCAUUCCCUAGUACACCCAGUUCGCCGGUGCACAUCCAUUGGGAGCCAUCAUGUCGCACAAACUGCUGGAUUCGGCGGAGAGAUCAUUCUGUGGGACCUCGAGAAUCUAGAAAAGUUGCACCAGAUCAAGGGCCAGAAGGGAACUGAAGGAACAUGGGCUGUGGCGCUGUCGCCCACGGGUGACCGGCUGGCAGCGACGACCUGUGACGGAAAGAUCAAUGUCUGGGAUAACACCAAACGCAAGAAAACCUUGAUCACUUCUCCAGAUGGACACCUUAUCGCGUCGGGACACGAGAAUGGUGGUGUUUACAUCUUCAAUAACCUCACAUCCAAGAUUCAUCACUCCCUCCAUGGUCUGGUCAAGCCGGUUAGAUGCGUCAAAUUCUCUCCCGGCGGAAAGCUCUCGCCGCAUGCGGCGAUUCACCACCAGCAGGUUGCAAAUCUCGCAGGUCACUCAAGCUGGGUGUUUUCCGUUGCCUGGAACUCUAUUGGCGACCAUCUGAUUAGCGGCUCCUUUGACGGAAAAGUGAAGGUCUGGUCGGUGGACACUGGCUCGUGUGUGGCCACCCAGAACGAAGCUACAGCCGCUAUACAUACGGUGCAAAGCAUCCCAAGGGGAGCGGGUAUCGGAGAAGGAUUCGUGGCUGCUGGUGCGAACAAGAGCAUAUACUACUACCGUGAGUCGGCCGGGGAAUAGAUGCGAGUGGUUUGAGUAUAGAAAGCCUUUGUAAUUGAUCUGCGGCGUGCGUAGCGCCGCAGCUGCCAGCCAGCAUCACUUCUAUUUUUACGUGAGAG